GAAUGAAUGUAGACGGUAUGAUGUCAGGAAUGUAGUAGGCUGUUUCCCGACGUAAGGGGCAGGCCCUCUAGUUCAGAAUCUACUGCUGCUCGUGGGUAGACGCAGUUGUUAUUGAUUGUGGCGGAGGGCCUGGCACCAAGUGUCAGGCGGACAUGUCGUUGUUGCGCGCCCAAGCGACCAAGUAAGAAAUCUACAUUGACUUAGCGUUUCUCAGGAUAGUCUGACCUGAAACCCUCGUUUAUGCACUGAACUGGAAAUGAGAAAUGUCACAACUGGGAGCUCCGAAUGGUCUGAUAGCAUGUAAACACAGCACAACUACAUGUUUUCCUUAAGGUAAUUGACGCUUUAUCCUCCAUGAGAUGAUGAUGCAUAUGAAGGGCACGGAGUAAACACAAACUUCAUUUACUCAGCAAAACACUUAAAGUCAGAAGCCAUGACACAGCAUGUGGAAGAGGAGUUUGGACAAAGCCUGGAAAAUGCAAAAGCCUGGAUGCAAGCCGUCCAAGAGAGGUUGAGAGUUAAUGACAAUACACGUGGUCCAAAAGAACAGCUAGAAGCUAGGCUAAGACAAACAAAGGAAAUCUAUGAGUCUGAAACUGAGGGAAUGAUGAAGAUGGAGAUUGUGUACAAGGCAGGAAAAGAACUCCAGGAGAACGGCAAUGAAGACAAACGGCAUGAGACCAUCUGCAAGCUGAAGAACAUCAAAGAGCAUUGGGAAGAAACAAGAACAUACAUAAUUCACUGUCACAGUCGCAUUGAGUGGGUGUGGCUUCACUGGAAUGAGUAUUUGAAAGCCUAUGAAGAAUUUAGCUUAUGGCUAGCAAAGAUGAAUCUGGAGUUGGAGCCCAACCUGCAGCUCCAAUUGGGCUUAAAAGAGAAAUGCUGGCAGCUGGACCACCAUCACGUUUUGCUGAAGGUUAUCCAUAAUCACAAUGAUGUUCGUAACAGGCUGCUAGAUGAAGCAGCUUGUCUCCACAGUAUUACUGAAGACGCCAGUAUGAACGAUGAAGUGCAGAAGAAACUUGAGGCCAGUUAUGAAGAUAUUAGGAGUAAAGCUCAGGAAAGAGUAUUAUUACUUCAAAAAAUUGUAGAAGAACACAAAAGUUACCAGCAGAGAGUUGAAAAGUUCCAAAACUGGAUAUUGUCAAAAGCCGAUGAAAUGAACAAGUUCUUUGAAAUGAAAGGCAGAAUGGAUGAGAAAUUAAUGAAACUGCAGCAUGUACUUGGGAGUAUCAACAAUGAAGAGAAGACACUGCAGGAUAUUGAAAGAGUGGCGGCUGCCGUAGAGAAUACCUCUCCAUUGGGAGCGGAGAGGAUCAGCAAACGACUGGAGGAGUUGAGAAUUUCCUGGGAAGAACUGCGACGCCUCUGCAAGAUAGAGAAAGGAAGACUUGAGGCUGUCCUGCAGUCUGAAUCAGAAAAUACAAAAAAAGUUUCUAAGCUGAAGCUAGACAUCGCAGCAUUCAGAAAAAGAGUCCAGAAGUUAAACGAUGGUUUAGAGGUUUCUGAUCAGGAAAGAACACAAGAAGAAAUGAUCGUUUUGUUACAAAAAAUACUGCAAAUAAGGGGUAAUAUUGCAGAUGAAGAAUCUACUGCUGAAAGGCUUAAGGCUCAGCUGAAGGAAGUUUUCCAGUUUUCCCAGGAUGUGCAGGUCCAAUCUGACGUUCUAGCAGCAGUAAAAGAAUAUCAGAGUGUGAAGCGCAGGGCAUUUACACUCUAUGCAGAAAUGGAGACAAGUCUGUGGUGGCUUUUCCAGGUCCCACUUCGUGAUUUUUUACACUGGAAAUCUGCAGUACUGACAACACUGUCUGUCCCUGAAGAUCAGACAUCAUUCAUUGAACAUCUAAAUAAAGUUAAGUUUUUGGUGCAACAGAGCUGUCAUCUUAAGGACAGGCUUGGGUUCCUUUCUGAGAAACAGGAUUUGCUCCGCAGCAUCUUUGAUAAGAAUGACGUUGAAAGCCUGAGGUUACACACUGACAGGACCUUAAGAGAGAGGGAAGAACUUCAUGCUCGCCUCCUCCAGUGCAAAGACCAUCUGGAGACUUCAGCAUCAAAAUCACAGGAUUUCAAAUUAAUGUUCAAAUCAAUCCAGAAGAGCUUGUCUACUUUCAAGGACCGAAUUGCAUCUGAAGGGAAUCUGCAACCAGAUAUACUGAGCAAAAAGGCUCAGAAAGAGCGGCUUCAGGUGAUCUACAAAGACUUAAUAGACUUUGAGCCAAAUAUUCUCAAGAUGGAAAGUUUUGUAUCAGAAUAUCCAUCCUACAAAUGUCAGUUUGCUCAACUUUUAGCCGAAUGGAAGACUCUCAAUAAUAUCCUACAGAAGUCUCUACAGGAAUGUGAGAAAUCAGUCAAUGACCAUGAACAUUUCCGUGAGAGGUUGUUGAGCCUUCAGCAGUGGAUGAUGAUAAUACAGCAGAAACUAGAGCCCUAUAAAAGUGUAAAUGGUGACAGGAGUGCUGAAAAUCGUGAGGCUGAAUUAGAGAAAAUGCUGUCUGAAUUUCCUGAAAAGGAGAUGUACCUUCAUGAGACUGAUGUGCUGGGACUAUCGGUGCUGGAAAAUACAUCUACUGAAGGACAAGUACACAUACAAAGAGACCUGAAGGAACUGAAACAAUCAUGGGCUUCUCUACAAGCAUUGAUCUUGCAUAUCAAUAGCUUAAUUACCAAACUCAGAGUUGAAGAAAAAAUUCGGAAUAAAGGAAAAGUAGACCUACCACAUCUACCGCAGCAAAGCCUGCAGAUCCCCAGGCAAGUCAGUGAUGUUGCUUCCCUGGGCAGUGAUUUCAAAAACAAUUGGAGCAAUGAAGAUAUUUGCAGUGAACAAAUUUCACUUGAAGGAAUGCCAGGAGUAGAGACUGGAGUCAGCAGUUCGACGAGUAAUACCUCAAAUGGAGUUAGAGACCAAACUGUGCCAGAUGUAGUUGAUGGGCCCUUUUUGGAUAAACAGAGACGCUUGCCAAGAAUGAGCAAUUCUGAGAAUUAUUUAAAGCUUAGAGAGCAGUUUGAACAAUGGUUGAAUGAAAGGAUGCAUAAAUUAAACAAGAUAUUAAUGCGAACUAAUCUUCUGACUGAUAGAGAGUUGAAAAGCAAACAGCAGGUUAUUAAGAAACUGCAAUCAGAAGUUCCUGAGGGACAGAAUCUCUUCCAGUCUCUAUUAAAUGCUAAAGGACCAGAGAUUGGUGAAGAUGCACAUUUCGAGGGUUUGCGAUACAAGUGGAUGCUUUAUAAAUCAAAACUUAAAAAUCCAGCUAAUCUUGAAUCUGCUACACUAACCCAAGUGGAGAAUCGCAUUGACACAGGAAAGAAGCGCUCUGGAUUCUGCCCCUUCCUGUAUCGUGUCUGCUGUGCAGCGUUGCCUUUGCAGCUCUUGCUCCUCUCCCUCUUGCUCCUGGCAUUCCUGCUACCACUAGUUGAUGAAGGAUCAAGUUGUUCGCUGGCUAACAACUUUGCCCGUUCCUUCAACCUGAUGCUGAGAUAUGAUGGUCCUCCUCCUACCUAACUCCUGACAGCCACAAUGUGUAUGUUUGGGUAGCCUGUGGUCACUGACAUUCCACACCCUUUCACAUUUCAAAAGGUAGUGGGAUUUCUGAUUUCAGCUGUUGUAAUCCAUCUCACAUGUUCUCUUAAGACUGAUUGCUGGAAAGAUCACAAGAUUAAUCUUCAAGACCAUCUAAAAUUUACUUGCCUCAACCUCCUGUAUAUAAAGACUAUAUUGACAGUUCACACCAGUGUGUAACUGCUGGAUAAUAAGAAGAAAUUGGGGCCUGAGAUCUCUGACCGUUUUAUGUCUCUGUCACCCUCUCUUUCCUUCCCCUAGACGUUAAUACUGUAUAAUUAUGUGCGGUUUUAAAGGAAUGUGUGAUAAUAGGCUAUAUGCACACUCUCUUAUGGAUUCCACAUCAGCCAGCUGCUGUACUUCUGGCACUGCUAUCAAAACAGAGUAGCUAUGGCGUUUUUCACCAGAUCACUUCAAGAUGUGCCCAAACUUAUGGUCAACAAAGCAAGUCGUAUUUUUCAAACAUUGUGCCAAACGUCAGGUGCUAAAAAGGAGAAGGGCGUCAUACUAUAUGUUUCAUGCUACAUCCAGCAAUAUUAAGGUAAGAUCUGGACAUAUUACAAAUUUGUAUCUGCUGUGAACUGACAUGGGACAAAUAUUUGAUUACAUUAGCCUUCUUUAAAAAGCAGAAUUUCAAGAAUUAGUCCUUAAACUUUUUCAGGGGCAGGUGAAUAUUUAUGUAAGCUUAAUACUGCAAUGGCACUGGACAAGUUAUAUCAGCCAGGGAUGAGGCAUUACACUUUCAAUAGCAGGAGCGCCUAUAAAAAUGGCAACUCUGCACAGUCGCACGCUCUUUUUCCAACUAGUGCAGCCAAAGGGAAUCAGUCCUUUUAAAGAUGGUGAGCCACCUCAAAAUGCCGUAUAAAAAGCAGAGAAUCCAUCCAUUGUGGCACUCGGCAUAACAUGAGUCUGCUGGACAUCUUAACCUUGUUAAAAAGUGAUUUGUGUCUGUCUGAGCCAGCAAAAUGGUGAAUGCCAGACUGCUUCUUCAUUGUACGGGUCUCAAUUUGUUUCCUCGGUUGGAGGAUCUCCUCUCUGAGAGACAUGUUUACAUCAAGCUCUAGGUCAAUGGCUGCUGGCUCCAGAGCCAAAGUGUAGUCAUGGUCCUUGAGGAUUUUAUCAUCCUCCUCCUCCUAUCUGUACUCUGAAACUUAAGCUGCUUUUUCACAGACAUUCUCACCACUAAACAAAAAUCACAACAGCAAUAUGGACAGUGGGAGUGACUGAGCUGAAGUACAUCACCACUACUGUGUGCAUAUAGCCUAUUGUCAGUGAAUACAGUAGAUUUUUGAUGAAUCCUUGUAAAGUGUUUUGUUUCCAGAUUUUCUUUGAUUCAACUGAUAAGAAAGAAGAGAAAGCCCUAUAUCCCCAUAGAUAAUUCCCUUGUUUAGGUUACAGUCAUUCCCUUUACACUUCCAGUCUUUUGGCCUAUUUUAUUCCAAAAUUGCUAGAAUAUGAACUAUACCACGAGCGCUAGAUUUUCUAAACUGUGCAUUACUUUUCCAUACACCCUAAACCCACAACAAUUAAUUGUCAAGACUCCUACAGAGUUAAUGAAGGUGAUCACAUUACAAAGCAAAAUGUAAGGAAUGGUCUUUUUUCCUUUUUUGGCUAUUUGACUCCGAGUGCUGCACAAUGCAUUUUGAUGUGAUGGGUCCAGCAUAUAAGACAUGUUUUAAGCGUCUUAUAAGCCUAUAACUUUUUCUUUGAAUUUUUCACAGCAAAUCAGCCUUUGUUGCGGUUAUUAUUUGUCCUGUUGUACUUUUUGCAUGUUUCAGUGUAAACGCCUCUUUCCGUGCACUAAAUGCAUCAUACCAUAUGUUGUGUUGAUUGCACAAUCAGUAGGCUCUUAAACAACAAGCAUUAACCUUUUCAGAUGUAUCAUAAAACAAGGAAUCAGUUAAUAAUAUUACUGAGUGUUUCCAGAAGUUAAUUUACAGUAUCCAUAUAAAGAUUCAUUGCUUGUUACAUUAUUGUUGACUGAGGACACACUGGUCAUUAAUCAAGUGGGCAUUUUCAACUUUUGCUAAAUCCACCUUUUUAAAAUAAAUAAUCAUCUGAUUCCCAUUAAGUACAAUUGCACUGAUAUAUAACAAAAAAGAUAACUGUAAAGGUCUAGGAGUAUUCCAUCCCUAGUAAGCUGUACAGUACAACAUGGGAAGGAAACCACUUGUCUGCAUCAUUCAUUUGUGGAAUAAAUCUUUGUUAAAUUAUCAUGCUCGACAAAAGCUUAAAGCAAUAAUAACCUUAUGUUGUGUUUCAUUUAAGUCAAAAAUAAUCAUUAUGAUGGACUAAAGCUAAAAUUAGCAUAAUAUUAAAAAAAACCAUGACCGAAUUGUUUAGGUUCUAUCAGACUAUUUUUUGGUUAAGUCCUAUAUAUAAUAUAAAUUGUUUCGUCCUUCUCAGUCAUACUAUGCAAAAAUGCUAAAUGUAAUAUUGUAUUUAACUUUGCUGUGGUAUGAAUUUGUAUUAUGUAAAGAUGAAAUAUAAUGAAGAAACAGUUAUAAAAUAUUUACAUGGUUAAAUGAAAAUAGUAACAGUUCAUAUAAUCUCAAAAAAAUGCACGUAAAUGCAACUAUGAAAAAUGAUCCGCACAAGUUAGUUUGAGGAAACUUGCUUAUUUUUAUACUUGUAUUGCUUCAGGAGAUAUGCUAACAUAUAUAUUUGUAAUUGCUUAAAUGAUGUUAUGAAGAACAUAUAAUAAAGUUAUAUUUUUUUUAUAGAAAAGAUAGGAGCAUUUUCAAGUAUUCAUACUGUUUUGUGAAAUCAGGCUUUUGCUAUGAAUAUCAUUAGUGGUGUCAUUUUAUUUGGACUAAAGAUGUUGGAAGUUGGGUCAUUGUGCACAACUCAUAGUUUGUGUUUCUGUUUUCACUAUGUGUAUCAAUUUAUACAAAAUACCAAAGCUUUUUCUUUUGUUUCUAUAAAUGAUUUUUUUUUUAGUUUUGUAUGUUUAGAAAGUCCAAGAAUGAUCAGUAAAUAUUUUUUCUCAUGAUAAAUGUUGAAUUUUAUAGAAAUGGGUUAAUAAAGAAAUCUGUAAAAAAAAAAAAAAAAGAAGAAGUAAAGUUUUGAAGACGAAAAAUUACUAUAUGGCCCUUCACUUGUGUAAGUUAAUAAUGUAGAAAGAGAGAUACUGUAGAAAUCUUUACCAUAUAUACAGUAUAUACUCAGUACUGUACAAGGGGCAGCAUAAACUCAUCCCAACACUCCUUAUAGUUCACAAAGUUGGCAGCUACUCCAUACUUUUUUCUUUUGUUCAUAUAUUUUGGAGAGUUACUCCUUGUCCCAGUGCUCAUGUUUCUUCCAUAGUCUUUCAUCGACUAAUGCCCUUUUGCUGACAUGCCUAUACCUCAUGUGGCUGGCCCAGCUGAAUAUGUCAGCACCUUUGUCAGAGGGCUCUUCAUAAAUGGCAUUUGAACAGAUUAUUAUUCACCUCUGUCAAAUAUAAAAAGAAAAAAUAGUUUUUUUUCCACAUUGAUGAAUAAAAAUAAAUAUACUAAUGCAGUGUCUCCGCUUUUGAAGCUUCAUCAUAUGCAUAUAAACAAUCAAGCAUUCUUAACCUUCAGUCUUACUCUCACAUAGAAAUAGAUAUGGAUGAUUAAAUAAUUCAACUAUUCAAGGGUUUUAUCCAUUCAGUACAGUGUCUGUUAUGACAAAACUGACUGCAUUAUCUGAAAGUUUUUUGUUCUGGGGUAUUGUACUUUAUAACUUAAGUGCUUCAGGAGAUGGGACUACUGAGUCAAUAAAGAAGGAAUUUGGUUUCUAAUAUAAUUGUAUGUAAUAAAAUGAAUAAUACUUUUAGAACAAUUUAGAACCAGCAUGAGAAAUACAACUAACAUCUACAACAUUUGAAUUGGCGUUUGUAAAAUUUUGCUGAAAGUAAUUUAAGGCCUCUAAAUUAUAUUGAGAGUAUUGAUGUUCCCUCCCAUAAUGACUUGUUCACAAUUGCUCACUCAUUGUAUUGUUUUACCUUACAUACUGUAAGAGAAAAUAUUGCUUUCCUAAAUAUUUGGUGAAUCUGCUUUAAGUCUUUUGUAGGUUUGGUCUCUAGCAGUAAAUCCUGAGCAUGUUUGGUGGCAUAGAUACUGAUUAUACAUUAAGCUAUACUGGUUUGACUUGGUGCAUUGAGACAAGAAAAUGAUCGCAAUGCUAAUAAUGUGUGCUUGAAAUAAUCAUUUCUAAGUUACUUAUGCAAUUUGCCAUUGCAGCUGAUUCUGUGGUCCAUACACUGAUUGUGUUUGUACAAUAAUAGCAUGUUAUUUGUUUAACAUGUGACGUUUUCUGAACCAAUAGCUAAAUAUAUUAAUCAAAUGUGGUAAAGUCGAUUGACAGAAGAAUAUUAGGCAGCUAUAAUUCCAGGUAAACGAAUCACCAGCCAUAUUUUCUUGUAAAGCAUGUUACUGGUAUUUUAUUUCUUCUCUCUAUACAUUAAUCAUGUUAAAAUGACUUUGUGUCAUGAUUUUUUUUUUUGCUGUAAAUUGCAGUAUAACUUUGUCAACCUGUUAAUAUCCAGGAGUGAUUAUUGUAUUUAACGUCAAAUGAGUUAUAUUACAUUAGAAAAAACUUAUGAAAUGUUGCACUGCCAGAAAGGAGACUUGAAUAGUGUUGUAUAAAUAACUCAGUGUUCUUUUAACCUAUUUACUGUAUUUCUUUCAUUUUGCAAACAUUAUGCCAGUUAAGAAGGUUUUAGCAAAAGGUCUGCAUUUCAGAUGUAUUUGCUCUGUUUUAAUACAAGAACGAUCAGGUAUUGUCAGGUUAAGAGCUAACCAGAUCUUUACUGUUUUAGAAGGUUUCCUUGGCAAAUGUAACUCCUCUUUUGCUGAAAUUACACUAUUGUGAUUUAUUGUGAUUUAUGUUUAUGUUUUUCUUAUUUAAAUUAACGUUUCCUCCUCUUUUACAAAUGUACUUGUUUUGAUAUAAUGUAACAUAACUCUCAUUAUUAUUAUUAUUAUUUGCGGUCUGCCUACUGAUUUUCUGAAUAUGUUUUAGACAUAAUACAAUGUUUCACUGUGUAUUUCAAUGCUUUAUUUUAUUAAUCCUUUAUAAAAUGCAAGUGCUUGUAAAAUAUACAAAAUAUGGAACUGUUUAUAUGUUGUCAAUAAUCCAUUAAAGUUUUAGACAUUAAUACACUUAGAGCAUACAAUCAUGUUAGCCUCUGCUAAAUAAUAUUCAUACAUGGAUGAUUGAAAGGAGUCACAGAUUAUUAAAUUGCUCAUUUUAGAACCUUUUAUUUAUGGAGGCCAUAUUACUAACUACUAAUAAAAGAGUAAGUGUUGUUUGUGGUUGUGCCACACAUUCAUAACAUACAAUAUGUAAUAUUAGACUCAAAUAAACAUGUAUUUGUAAGUUUAUUCUCCAGACUUCUGUACAGAGAACAAAGAAAAAUUUCCCAAAAGCAAGGAAAAUGCAGAAGCACCUUUGAUUAUGAUAUUACAGCUACUUACCUUUCUCAAAACUCCAUGGUUACAUGUGACGCAUAUUUCAAAGUAAUGAACCUCCAGUUUUAUUCUGUGGCCUCACCGCUCCAUAUUCAUAAGGUUUACAGGUGAGACAGGUUUUACGUUAUUCUUGAUAUUAGCUCAUGACAAUCUGUGGCACCCAUUGCUGCAUAGAAUGUAUUGCUGGCAGUGCAUACAACCAAAUAAAUUCAAAUUGCAUGUUUAAUAUUCCCUGUGGUGUGUCCAUGCAAAAGGUAUGUCCAUUAUCCAAAUGGUGUAGCAUACAAUAUGUUAUAUUUUGGAAAUAUUUAAUUUGUAUUAUUUUAAACAAAUUCUGUUAUAUGGUAUGUUAAGUGUCUUAGAGUAUAUUAAAUGUCUGCUUGUGUUGUUUGCUUAUUUCUUGUUGACAAUAUUAGUUUUUUAAGCAAAGCUUUGGUUUGUAGUUCAAUUCUCUUGACAACAAAAUAAUAAACUAUACUGACAAAAAUAAA